GCGGUCGCGCUGACGGCGCUGUCGUUGCAGAGCCCAUGGAGACCCCGGCCCGCCCGAGCCCCUCUGGACCGCCGGGCUGCGUUGUGGAGGAGUCUCCAUCGCCCGACGGGGAGAACAGUGCCCUUGGAAAGGCCGGGGAACGAAGUGAAGGCGAUGUUGAGGACUGUGCUUCUUCGCUGUGUGUAGAAGAUACAGGCAUGUCACAGCUGCAGUUUGGAGUUCUAGAGCUGUCGCAGAGCCAGGACUUUGAGAGUGACUUUGUGCCCAGUGAGGGAGAUGCUAGGUAUCAGCUUCACUCUGGACCUGCUGUCCUUUCUUCCAGACUUGUGAGGAACGAGUCUAAAUAUGAACUUUGUGGGGUCAACACAGAAAGUGACUCCAGCACAGAAGCACAUACUGCUUUGGAAAGCCAGGCAGAGAAGUCUGAAAGAACUCUGCAGGAGGCAGAAGAACAUACCAGAAAGAAAAUGCCUGUCAGUGAUGCCAGUAAAACUGAGGAAUCCUUUGUUUCUGGUCAUGAUGAAUCAGAUAUCUUGUCAACUCAGGAAGAGAUGUUUCCUGAUAAUCAUGCAACAGCCACUGCAGGGAGUGGCUGUCCAAUAAUCAGGGUGGUGGAGGGAAGUUCUCUGGCCUGCACCCCUGCCUGCAGUCUGCAAGUCCUGCAGCUCUCUGGACAGACAUUCGUUGUACAGGAGGGUCAUUCCAUUGUCUCUUCAGACCUAGUUAUUCCUCCUCCUGUUUCCUUUGGACCCAAUGCCCUUGUCCCCAGCAGUCCUACUGAGCAGGAGCAAGCAAAAGAUGAACAGAUGGAUAUAUCUAUCCCUGCAGAAGGAAGAGAACUGAUGAAAAAGCAGAGAGGAGAUAUACUGGUGGAGAUGGCCCUCCCUUGUAUCUCUCCAAGACCUCUUGUUCAGCCACAGGCUUCAACUCCAGUGUCCCAGAGUGCCCCAAACUCCUUUCCUGGAUCUUUACCUGUACCAUCACAACCAGAGUUCUCUCAUGAUAUCUUUGUUCCAACUCAGAGUCCAGAGAAGAAGCAUGAAGGAGAAGAAAAAACUUCUUUAAAAACUGCUUUAACCCCUUUGUGCUUACCAGGAUCCACAGAUGCUUUGUCAAUGAUGUCUGCUGAUGACUGUGUAUCACAGCCUCCAGAGUCAUGUGAACUGACGCUUUCUGCAAGUGCAUGUAGCCAGCCCACAAAUACAGACAACAGUUCAGGCUCUCUGAACACGUGCCAAGGCAACGAGACCACACAAGUAGAGAGAAUUUCUGAAUGCAAGGCCUCAGACUCAAGACUCUGUUCUGUGGAGAAUGAUAAAAUAGAACUGAAUGUAGGUGAUCAAGCACCCUCUGAAAACAGUGAAGAAACAAAAAAGGAGGAUGUAGGGACUGCAUGUGAAAUGCCUGUAGGACAGUUUGCUAGUGCAGGUGUUGCAGGAGAUGGGCCAUUAGCCCCUACAGUUCAUCAGGAGAUCAAGUGUAUUUCUGGAAGUCAGGCUGCUGCAGAUCAGUCUGGUCUGCCUGAGAUUUUGUCAUAUACUCAAGAGACUUCCAAACCUGAGGCAGUUCCUGAGACUCAGUGUGAAGAACAAGAAGAUAAACUGCAAGUAAAAGAGAAGCAAAUAAAGGAAGAUAGGUCUCCUGGUAAUAUAAAACUUUCUCACAAGUUUAUUCUUGAAAGGAAAGGACAGUGUCAUGAAGAUACAGAAGUGAAUAAUACUUGUAUAAAUAGCAAAAAUGUAGUCCAGGAAUUAGAAAAGAGUGGACCAGAAUGUCAGGGAAAAGAAGCUUUGAAAGGUUGUACUUUGGAUGCUGGGAAGGUGAAGAACAUGGAUAAACUAUCUUCUAAGGCUGUAGCAGGAAAUGUGGAAAAGCUCAAUGAAGUUUUAGCUAAGCCUUCUGUAGGGGAGUUAUUGGAGCAGCACAAUUUGCUUCCAAAGUUAAAGAGUGAUGUCCAAUCAGAACUGGCAUUGUGUGACAAAAAACAUCCCAAUCGUUCAGAAUUGGGACAGGUAAUGAUAAUAAGCAAUCGGCCAUCACUUCAAGAGAGAGGGGUUGAAACAUGGGUGGUUCGGCACGAGAAUCAGGUGCUAAAGAAUAUGGAGGAUACUGUUAGGACAAGGAAUCUGGAGCAAGAAGAGCAAAUGCAGCCACAGGAGAAGGCAGCUUCUAAAUCCCCCAGUCCUUCCAGUGGAACCCCGUUUUGUUUUACUUUGCUGAAGGAGGGUGAUGUCAUUCAGUCCUUAACUAGCAUAACACCACCUCUUACUGGCCAUCUCAAAAUGGGACCCAGGAGACACAGCACACCAAUUGUGGAUGAUACUUGCCCAGACAGCACUAUAGCAACCAGUGAUGUUACAGCAGAGGGCACAAUGGGGACCAACAAUGUCACUGUGGAAAGCGUGGUGGUAUCAGCAGAUGUGUCAGAAGUGUGUGAGAAAGGAGAGUCUGGUGUGGUUCCUGAGUCAGAGGCAAAACUUUCUCUGCGAAUGAACCCUGUUACCCCUGUGAAUGAUGGGAGCGAGGAGUCCUUGCCAUUCAGCUUGGAAAAGCCUGCAGCCAGUGACAGGAAAGAUGGAUCCUCUGCUGCUGCUGAGGCUGCUGCCAGCUCCCAGAAAGCAUCAUCUGUGUUUAGUCAUGUCUGUGAAGUUCAUCGAGAGGAUGAAACCAGAGGUCAUGGUCUUUCCACUUCUUCAUUUAGGGGGGAUCUGUACAUUUUUCCUGGCACACAGGAAGAUGCUGAAUUACGUACAAAUCCCAGUGAUUACCAGCAACAGAAGGCAGAUGGCAGUGGUGGACAGAUCCUAAUUCCUCAGAGGAUGCAGCAGGACUGCCAUCAGCGAUCUUCUUGUGCAGAGGAUGGAGAGUCUCUGGAGAUUGAUGUUGUAAGCACUCAAGCAGAAGAUGGGAGAAGAAUGCAGAGAAAACAAAGUAAGGCUAUUAAAAUUGAUCAGAGUCAAGAGAGGUGGAAAAACAUCAAGAAUAAAGGGAUCCAAACUACAGAAGGUUGUCUUUUUACCCCAACAACUGUUACAACAUCAACACAAACAUCAGAAGAAAUCUGUAGACAGGUGGAAAUGGGAACCAGUAUGUCUGGGCAAAGACCUGGGCAACAAGAUGUGAACAUUCAAACCGAUGAGAGUGGGGAAAAGCUUGUCAACACCUCUGGAGAUGACACAGACUCUUUGCAUUGUCAGGGAGAGGAGGAGUUUAACCUUCUUCACCCACCCAAAGGCCGAGUUCAGCAUCGCCACAUGCGAACCAUUCGAGAAGUGCGCACUGUUGUUACCCGUGUUAUAACAGAUGUUUACUACAUCAAUGGUGCAGAGGUGGAACGAAAGGUAGUUGAGGAAACUGAGGAGCCUGUAGUGGAGUGCCAGGAAUGUGAGACUGAUAUGUCCUCUAGAACUGCAGGAGGCUCAUCGCUGACCUCAGGGGACCUUGGUGAUGUCAGCUCCUUCUCAUCUAAGGCCUCAAGUCUCCACCGUACAUCCAGUGGAGGGAGCAGUGGUCACUCUGCCACACACAGCAGCAGCAGCUCAGGGCGAGGAACUGGAGCUGUCAAAGGGAAAGUGUGUGGGACAAAAAGCAGAGAAUUUGCUUUACCCAUUGGUAGAGGCAUCUUAGGAAAAUUGAGCCCUAGGAAAGGAACUGGGCAGCCUACAUCACCACUCAGAGUUAGCCAGACAGGAGCACUGCUUUGUGAGGAAGAGGAGGACUGUAUGCCUGGCACUCAUCAGGGUGGCAGGGCACCUGUGACACUUCGUGGACGAGGAAGAAGAGGACGCCCGCCAUCUCGAACGACAGGAACAAGAGAUUUAGCUGGACUGCCGGGUCUGGAGGAUCUUUCAACUACAGCAUCACCUGAGGAGAAAUCAUUUACUCGUUCAGUUCGACUGCCAGAUGGAGGAGAGAAAUCUGACACUUCUCGCUUCUGUGCCUUGCGUCGAAGUGACUCUCCAGAAAUCCCAUUACAAGGGGUGACUGCUCCUUCAGACUGUGCAGACUCAUCCACUGGGAGCAGCUUUGUGGGCCUCAGGGUAGUAGCAAAGUGGUCCUCAAAUGGGUACUUUUAUUCUGGGAUGAUUACCCGAGAUGUUGGAGCUGGAAAGUACAAGCUACUCUUUGAUGAUGGAUAUGAAUGUGAUGUGCUAGGAAAAGAUAUUUUGGUCUGUGAUCCUAUCCCACUGGAGACAGAGGUAACCGCACUCUCUGAAGACGAGUACUUCAGUGCAGGUGUGGUGAAGGGACACCGGAAGGAGUCUGGGGAGCUAUACUAUUGCAUUGAAAAGGAAGGCCAGAGGAAGUGGUACAAACGAAUGGCUGUUAUCCUGUCUCUGGAACAAGGAAAUAAGCUCCGGGAGCAGUUUGGGCUAGGUCCUUAUGAACCUGUCACCCCCCUGACCAAAGCAGCUGACAUCAGCCUUGAUAAUCUGGUGGAGGGGAAGAGGAAGCGACGUAGUAACCUUGGUUCUCCCAGCACUUCCAGCAGCAGCACAACUCCUACUCGUAAAGGGCAGGAGAGUCCACGUGUCCCACCAGCCUCCCUGUCUGGGAAAAGGAAACUUAUUGCUUCCGAAGAUGAGCGAUCCCCAGCUAAACGUGGUCGCAAGUCAGCAGUAAUAAAGCCUGGGGCUCUGAGAGGUGGAGAGUUUGUAAGCACCUGUGAAGGUGUAGAUUCUGCAGAUCCCCCAGUACUGAAGGGCGACCAUGGACCCUUACCCCACAAUAAGACCCUCUUUUUGGGCUAUGCCUUUCUUCUCACCAUGGCAACACCAAGUGACAAAUUGGUCAAUCACCAGAAGCCAUCAGAUGGUCCCACUGGGAGCAGUGAGGAGGAAGAAGAUUUUUUAGAGAUGACUCCGUAUGAUAAACAUUACAUAGCAAAACAGCUGCGAGCAGGAGCUGGCUAUAUCCUGGAAGACUUCAAUGAAACCCAGUGUAAUGCAGCAUACCAGUGUCUUCUAAUUGCGGACCAGCAUUGUCGAACUCGGAAAUACUUGCUGUGCCUUGCCAGAGGGAUCCCUUGUGUGUCUCAUAUCUGGGUCCAUGAUAGCUGUCAUGCUAACCAGCUUCAGAAUUAUCGGAAUUACCUUUUGCCAGCUGGAUAUAGCCUCCAGGAGCAGAAAUUGCUAGAAUGGCACCCACGAGAAAACCCAUUCCAUAACCUGAAGGUUCUCCUGGUGUCAGACCAGCAAGAGAACUUCCUGGAUCUGUGGUCUGAAAUUCUCAUGACAGGGGGAGCAGCAUCUGUUAAACAGCAUUACUCAGAUGAUCACAACAAAGAUCUUGCUUUGGGUGUUUAUGAUGUGGUGGUGACUGAUUUUUCCUGCCCAGCUGGCAUCUUGAAGUGUGCAGAAGCUUUACGGCUGCCUGUUGUCUCACAAGAGUGGGUGAUCCAGAGCCUUAUUGCUGGGGAAAGAGUAGGCUACAAGCAGCAUCCAAAAUAUAAACAUGACUGUGUCUCUCACUGAAUGAAACUCUGUCCUGCUGUUCAACUGUCAUGCAGACUGUUUUAAACAGGUUUUAAAUGUUUGUGAAUUGGGCAGUAUGCAUGGAUUAUUGUAUAUAGUUUUAUCUGCUGGACUUUUAUGAUUAAAUAAAUGUUUGAUCUCUUGUGGUAUGUGCUGCUACUCCUCAUUAUAUAAACUUAUUCCAGGGCAAUGCCUUUAGGAAAGGAGUGCAGAGAAAAAAAUAAAUGCUUUCAUUUCUCUGAGCUGAAUAGCACUAAUAUUUGGCUGUGAGUAAAGCGUGAGCUCAACACAAAGUCAGUUACAGAGGAAGGGGUGUUUUCCAUUGGCAGAAGUUCAGGGCAGUGGUAUUUCUGUUUGUUGGAAGAAUACCAUGUUGUGUAUUCCUCCGGUUUGCUGUUAUUUCAAUUAAUUUCAUUAAGGUGCUGCUGAAGUCAGUGUUUUGAAUUUCUUGGACAAGUGUAAUUUUGUUUUGGCUACCUCUUUUUUUUCUCUAUCAUAACUAUAUAGCUAUUAACCUGUGUUAGUGGAGACAAGCUGUACCUAACUAGAGAUAGACACAGCCUUGGACAACUAAACUGCUGGGAGACUGAGGUACAAAGAGUGUGUUAAGUGCUGUCUAUCUUUAAAUGGUAAUGGGAUAAAUCAUCUGCUUCUGAGCUUCUGCAUUCACAUCUUAGUAUUCAGACAGCAUAAAGGCAAAAGCUCUUCACUCAAAAAGUGCUCUAGGCUGAAGGCCUUCCUCCAUCCUCAUACAGUCUUUAGUCCCUUGCUUUAAAAGUGUGAAAUUUUUCUCAAUGUGUAUUUUUUCCUCUAUCAUUUCAUGGCUCAGGCAUUUCACUGUGUUGGUCUGUAAAUCUCACAUCCAAACUUCAACACUUUCUAGCUUUUUCCAUGGUCAAGGGCUUUUAAACUUUGCAUCAGGCACAGUCCUACCAUAAACAGCUGAAAUGUGUGGAAGGUGCCCAGUCUUGUACUUGCUGGCUGUUGUUACUGUGUCUUUCUGAGUGAGCAGAGAUGAUUUUUUCCCCCCAAGGACAUGUAAUUUCAGUGUGAGCUGUGUGCAAAUACCAACCCUUUCAGCAGGAGGCUGGUUUCCUGGCAGCAUUUUUAUUCAAAUUGGGAAACCUGAUACAACACCCCAGUGACGGACUGGCAUGUCUCUAUUGCCAGUCAUUCAAAUGGACUUGCAUCAAGAUGGUCUGUUUGUUACAGCAAGGCUAGGAAAUCUUAGUAAUGGGCAAGAAGUCCCUGCCAGAUACCACUCUUCAGUAACAGACAAGGCCAUGCCAUGCUCCUCCCUUUGCAGCAGGGUGCAGACAUUGACAAUACUCCAUAUAAUUGCAUGACAAGAUAUUUUUAUUUGGCUUCAGUAGCAUACUCACUAGUAGCAUUCUAAAUAGUCUGGAAUGAGAACAGCACAGGUGAACAUCCCAGGUAAGCAUCUCCUUACCAUUUUUCUGCCCGCAGAGGCUGCUUUUUACUCAACUAGGGCAAAGCUCCUGUCUUGGCAAGUGUAAUUUUAGUACAUAAACUGUAUUAAAUUGUAUAGAGAAAGCAUGUGAUUUCAAUAGUGUCUCCAUGACCUAUACACAUAUACUAGAGUAGUGCAUUGAAUGAAAAGAGAUUUAAAAAAUCUAUUUCUUCUUCUCUCCCCCUUCACCUCAAUAGAAAAUUGCUACCGCAGUUUCAUUUUCCUGGUGGUAUUUGAUUAGCAGACAUUGUGUACUGUUUAUCAGCUUAC